UUGCACUCUGAAAAGAGAAAUAUUGGAAUAUAUGUGUAGAUAAAAGAAAAAAUGAGUAAGCAGUGACCACAUGUCGUUGUAGGAACCAAUAAUCCAAUAGUAAUGAGAAUCUAAACUCAUCCCCUCAACCUUCAUCACAAAUCACACUUACUCUGUCUCUCAUCAUUUUCUCCACCGUUAUUAUAUUCUCUCAUUCAUCGUCUCUUCAUAAACCCUAAUCCCAAUCCAUCCCCAUGGCCUCGUUAUCCACGGUGGUCGGAUCUCAACCGGCUAUCAAAGUCAUCGCUCUCUGUGGUUCUCUUCGUCAAAACUCUACCAACCGAGGCCUUAUUCGUGCCGCAACGGAGAUAGCGAAGGAAUCCAUCGACGGAUUGCAAAUUGAAUAUUUGGAUAUCUCCCCAUUGCCGAUGCUGAAUACCGAUUUGGAGGUUGAUGGAACAUAUCCGCCCGUCGUUGAGGCGUUUCGCCGGAAGAUUCUUGAAGCUGAUAGCAUUCUCUUUGCAUCGCCGGAAUAUAACUACUCUGUUACCGCACCAUUGAAGAAUGCAAUAGACUGGGGAUCAAGGCCACCAAAUGUAUGGGGAGACAAAGCAGCAGCAAUAGUUAGUGCAAGUGGUGGCUCUGGUGGUGUAAGAUCACAGUACCAUCUUCGCCAAAUUGGAGUUUUUCUUGACCUUCAUUUCAUAAACAAGCCUGAGUUUUUCUUGAAUGCACAUCAGCCACCCCCCAAGUUCAACAGCAGCGGUGACUUGAUCGAUGCCGAAGUUCGAGCAAGGUUGAAAGCUCUUCUUCUAGCCUUGCGUGCAUUUUCCUUGAGACUUAAAGGAACUAACCCCUUGUAAAUCAACAAACGACGUUGGAAUAAAUGUUAUGUGAUCCUUAUUCAUGUAGAGCUGCAUGGUUUAAAAAUGAACCUUUUACAAAAUAACCAACUUGAAAAAGAGAUGCCAUUGUUCGAAUAGCUACAAAAAAAAAAAAAAAUAGCCUAUAAAUACAUAUCUCUUUUCAACUA